CCCACACUCACUUCGUUCUCUCCGCCGUUUUAGCAUUUCCUCUCAUUUCUUGCCUUUUUUUUUUCUCUUCAGCACGCUUAAAUGGCAUCCAUAGCUGGUUCAUCAAUCUCCAUGCAACCUCGCCACACCCUGGCUACAACUAGGGUUUUUGGGUUGAAAUUGGUUUCAUUUAUGAACCAGGGAAGAAGCAGCCUCUCCUUUAGGUUGCAUCCAAUGCCUGCUCGCUUGCGGAUUUCCUGUGCUGCCAAACCAGAGACUGUGGAUAAGGUAUGUGAAGUAGUAAGGAAACAACUAGCUAUAGCAAAAGACAAACCGGUUACUGGUGAAUCAAAAUUUGCUGAUCUUGGAGCUGAUUCUCUUGAUACGGUUGAGAUUGUGAUGGGACUUGAGGAAGAAUUUGGAAUCACUGUGGAAGAGGACAAUGCUCAAAGCAUCACAACUGUUCAGGAUGCUGCAGAUCUCAUUGAGAAGCUCUGCAGCGAGAAAGGUGCCUAGAACCAAUGACCUAAAUCAGAAGUUCAUUUGCCGAUAUUGAUGUUACUUACUAGCUUGCAACCUCUAGAGCAUUUGGCAAAAUCUUGUUGUGAACUCAAGUCCAUUUAUUUGUUCAAUCUAGGAAAACUCGUAAAGUUGUUGGGAUUUUUAGUUAAUUUGUGGAUUUAACUUGGUGUUGUAAGUCUACGAAAUACUAUUUGAUCUGAUCGUGUGACUUUUUUAAAUUGGUAGUGACUCAUAGAACUUUUGUUUCCUUAAGCUGCACGUAU